AUGAGCUCGCUCAAACAUUCUGUUGGCCUUCUAAAGGCACUCUUGGUCCGACUUCCUAUGAUCCUAAGGACACUCAUCCUACAUGGGGUUCGAAUGUCCCCCGUGACGGGAAAGCAGGACUUGCGCACUGAAUUGACGGUCGCAAUUCUGCGCUCAUUCAUCACCUUCAAAAAUCCAGUUCGCAAAAUGCAGAUAGACAGCAUGCGCGAUCCUGGGAUCAAAGGCCCUAUGUGGGUGUCCAAAGUGACAUUCCCGCAACCUGAGAUCGACGUGCGCGACGCAGUGUUGCGCGCAAUUGACGUCCUCAAGACUGGCGACGAGACCUAUGAUAUACCAGAGAUCGCCGCCGUCGAAGCCGAAUGGACUGGCUACCGUGGUAAUGUGGGAAAGCGUACAGCGCAACCGAAGAUCUCAGAGGAAGAGAAAUACCACAAGCUGCGUGCGGAAUCGCCGUCUGAUAUGACGAUUUUGUACUUUCACGGAGGUGCUUACUUCCUUAUGGACCCAUGCACUCAUCGUGUCCCCCUCGCGCAUCUCUCCCACCGAACAGGUGCCCCAAUCCUCUCAGUCCGCUAUCGCCUAGCACCACAAAACCCAUUCCCAGCAGGCCUGGUCGAUGCCCUAACCGCCUACCUCUCACUCAUUCACCCGCCACCAGGCUCCCUCCACGAGCCCAUUCCAGCAAACAAGAUCAUUCUUGCUGGUGACUCUGCAGGCGGUAACCUCGCACUCGUCCUCUUGCAAACACUCCUAACCCUCCACCGCACAUCCCACACCCUCAAAUUUCACGGUCAAGACGUGCCAAUCAAACUACCCGGCGGUCUAGCAGCAGUCUCACCAUGGUGCGAUAUCACACGCUCAAUGCCAUCCGUAACGAGGAACGAGCUCUUCGACUUCCUCGACGCACCGCCAGGCACAGACACUCCAUUCGAGCCAAUUCCCUUGCCAGCAGAUGACAUCUGGCCCGCAUCCCCGCCGCGCGUGGAUCUAUUCUGCAACGCUAGUAUUGUUCUCCAUCCUCUAGUCUCUCCGCUCACAGCCCCAGCCGAGCUUUGGAAAGACGCUCCCCCAAUUUGGAUCUCAACUGGCGAAGAAGGUCUCACAGAUGAAGGGUUGAUUGUCGCCCGUCGUAUUCACCUGGCUGGUGUCCCCAUCGUCGCUGAGAUGUUCGAGGGUAUGCCGCAUUGCCACGCUUUGUUACUGAUUGAAACGGUGCAGGGUCGUCGGUUCUUCGAGAGCUUUGCUUCGUUCUGUCGAGAUGCGGUUGCUGGUCGGGUCCAGUCGACGGGUGACCUCACUUAUAUCUCUUACAAGGCGAAGUCUGAAAAGCAGAUUCCUAUUGAGAAGGCAUGUGAAACAUCCGAUGAGGAGGCUGAUGCCCUUUUGCGGAAGAGUGCUGCUUGGAGGUUGGAGGGGGAGAAGAUUCUACUGAAGGAGUGGCAUGAAAGGGCGCGUCUCUGA